GCGUCAUGUUGGCGCCAGCUGCCUUUUUGGCAUUGUCCUCAUCUUCUGCUUCUUGCUAGCCCGUCUGGCUUUCUCGCCCUCAUUGUCAAACUAGUUCAUUCUCCUUCCUCUUCCUCCUCCUUAGGUCACGCUGUCUGUAGACCGUCGCCUGUUCUCUUAGCUCCGGGAGCUGUAUUACCUAGCCAACGUUACUCUUCUUGAUACCCUUUCCUCCAAACUGUGCUCCUGCGAACGCGAGUAUCAGCCUUCCUUCGACUACGCAAGGCGCCCCUUUUUAUCCCUUGGGACUCCUCUCAUCAACAAGGCGCCGUCAAGUCAUCGACUACCAUCAUUAGCGUUUUGCGGCCGUUUCCCACCCGUUGCUUUUAGCUCGCCACUGCCGCACCAGGAGACAAGAUAGCCUUUGUUCUUCCUGUCGCGGCUGACUCGAUCCCUUUGUGCAACUGGCCAACAGGGGAACCACGCCGUUGUGUUCUGCGCCUCCAACGCCAUUGACGACUGCCGCUGGACGACGACGGAACACUCGACGACUGCUCACCUUGACUGAGCCAACGCUAUACACCGAAGAAUGCGAGGAGCUUGAACGGUGAUAACUCCAGCUCAUCUGCCAACUCUCAACGGCAAAGUGUCUGGCAUACAAUUCAACUUACUCACCAUGGAUUUUCUUAGGCGAGGACGUUCCUCGCAGGGGGAGGAUAUCGAGCAGCAGGCUCUGGCAGGGCCAUCUACACAACCAGAAAUGGAAGAGGGCUCACGACCUCGGUCGAGGCGCUUGCCUGGCACAAGGCCUUCCCUCUCUUCACGGAGGCGUCCCGGCAACGGGAUGCAAAGGCUAGGGGACGAGGAAUCUGACAGCCCGAAAACACCACGGUUUAACAUCGGCCUCCCGACACUGCCAGGAACCCGUCUGAACCUGCCACACCUUGCAAGAACAUGGACCAGCGGUUCCAACGGCACCGAUUCGCGGCCCAACUCGACAUCGCAACAACCCCUAAACCGUGUCGACGAGUCUUCUUCCCCCGAACCGCCCACGACGAGCAGAGCCGGACCUUCACCAGCUACGACUCGCGUGACAAUGCCAGCGCCUGUCGCACGGCGCCCCGAAACUGAAACUUCCAGCGAGACGAGGAGAUUCACAGGGCCAGAUCCUGCAGAGAUGCAUCUGGCGAACAUGGCACAGGAUGGUCGACGGCGCAGACGACGGGCACAUCAUCGACAGCAACAGGACAACAACAACAACAACGAGGGCCAUCCUAAACGAUUUCUUCUCUGUAUUCCAUGGCCAAAAUCACGGCGCAUGCGAUCUCAGAUCCUCCGCUGCUUCAUUUCAGGCGGGUUCCUGACGCUCCUUCUCGCUGUCUAUUUAGCACUCUCCCUCACACAAAAUAUUCGCAGUAGCGAGUUUACUGUGUUGUUGAUUCUCAUUAUUUUGUUCGUAACGAUAUUCUUCUGUCACGGCUUGAUCCGGUUAUGCAUGCUCGUCAUCCGACCGCGGGUCGACGAUGAGGCCAGGCCACCAAUGCCGCAACUUUUGGCACCCGGUGGCUACGCCGUACCACGAGAACCAAUCCGAGUUGUGCUGGCGCGCGAUGAAGAGGAGCAAGGAGAGGUCAGCGAGGCGGUCCUGGCCAAGCCCCCAGCCUACGGCCUCUGGCGAGAGAGUGUGAGGGUUGACCCCAACCGCAUCUACUGGCAGCGCAACCCGAACGCCUUGCCGAACGAGGGAACAUCCAGUCGCGGAGAAAGCAGCACUGGUCCUCGACCCCCAUCGUACGCAUCAGAGGAUGGGGUGAGCUAUGUCGUGGAAGCUCGACCCCGAUCCAUGGCCCCGGCAGCAAUGACUGACGUGCUUACCCCACUACCUACACAUCCUUCCGAACGGGGGCGGAUGGGUGAACACAGGAGUGCAUGGUAAAUAUGUAAGCAAGAAUCGACCUGUCACGGUGAUGACAAGAGAGAAGAAAGGAAAAGAAAGGGCCCGCACUCCUUGAGCAUAGAGAAGGGGGCUUGUUCAUUAUAUUAUAUGGUUUUGGCGGCGUAGGCGCAGGCGGUAUUUGUGACAGCAUUGAGGAG